CGUACGUGAAGUUGAACUUUCGCCCGUUUGACGGGCUCGACUGUAGCGCACCAAUGGAGGAGAGCGAUUCCAAUAUCGUUUUUGUCCCAAUGAUGGCGCCGCGGCGAGUCGGACUUCUACCUCGCUCUAUGCAUUCGUCUCCGCAAGUUCCUCCUGGCUCAAUCCCAGACGAUGUCCUCCUGGAAAUCGCGUCGUACCUCUCCCCCUCAGACAUAUCGAGUCUCUCGCUCGUCUCGAAGCACUUCCAUGCCGUUAUCUCUUUCACGGAAGGCUACUGCAAGGAGCUUAGCGACCUGAGCUCCUUCCACAGGUUCCUUUUCGGAGUCCCCCCGAACGCCGAUAGUACUGACCGCGCCCGCAUCCUGCGGUUGCGCUCCGUGUACUUGGGGGCCAUGCAUCCAUCUGGGGACCUCGAGUCACAAGAGGAGCGAGAAAUCAACACAAAGAGGUUGAUGGACAUCAUCCGAGAAGCAAAAAAUCUCCGCUAUUUGCGCUUCCGAGGGAUCUUCGAUGACUUCGCGACAAGUACAAGGUACAUCCCUCAGCCGGUGCCUACUAUGCACCUCCAACACUUGGUUCAUCUCCACCUGGAAAACGCAUCGGAUGGAUUCGUGCUGCUCGAUGUGCUCCCGCAGAAACUCCGCAUCCUGCAGCUUUCGAACAGGGACAAGCUCCGUGGUACGAUUUUCCCUUUACGGGAGCUUGUGCAAUCCCAUGUCCUCCCUCACCUCGAGGUCCUCAUCCUCGAGGACAUGGUGUUCGAGGAUGAGGACCCUGACGAUCCAGACUCCGCCGACUCGAACUCGGACUCGAGAGCCUGUCCUAAUGCUGAUCCCUGGACAACUCUGCAAAGCCUGACGAUCAGUAAGACGGAGCUCGGUAUCACGUUCUCUUGUAUCGCCGAACUCUUCCCCAACCUGCGAUCGCUUUGCAUGAUCGACAGCGAGAUCGUUGACGACAGCCACCUGGACGACGAGCCCUUUUCUCUACGGAAGCUCACGAUCUCGGGACUCUGGGAGGACCAAUGCAUCCCAUGGACGACUAGUCACUUGCGCUGCAUCCACACCGAUCCUAGAUGCAGUCCAGUCUUGGAUUCCUUAUACUGCGACAGCCUCGCUGCCCUGACCUUGAGACUGCCCAAGCUCCGUAGUGAUCUUUGGGAUUGCAUUUGGGACUUCAUGUCGGACAUCCGGUCGAUCGAACUGGAAUGCACGGAGAUGGAUUUUCCAUCCAUGCUGCAGUUCAUGAUAGAGCAAUGCGACACUAUGGACACCAGCCUGUGGUGGGACACCAGAGUGUUGAGUCUUAUCGCACCAGAGCCCAAGGUGCGUCCCUCUGAUGGUGGGAGGGAAUUGGAGUCGCUGCGGACGGACUUUCUGGUAAAGAUGUCGAAAACGUUCAGACAACUAUUCGAUACGCGCUAUGUGGCCUUCGCCCAGCCCAAGGACGUAUCUCCCGACUAUAAAGAGGACUAUGCCGGAAACAAUGCGCCCUGGUCAUGGUGGAAGAUCAUCAAGCUGGACGACGACGACGCGCCGACGGAGAUACGAGAGAUACCUGCCUGGGAGGGUGAACGCGUUCGAGCGUAUUUCCGAGAAGCCGACGUGGAAGCAGCGAGCAAGUUCGAGGAGAGAUUUAUGGCACUGCGCUGAAGGUGAAACGAACGAGGAACA